GCCUGGAGCCUGGCCCCGGACACUGUGUUUCUGGCGAGUGUUCUGUCUUGCUGUGUUCACCUUACUCCUCCUCCAACACGGGAUUUUUGUACGUUGUAGUGAAGAUGUGGCUCGGCAGCGAUGUAGCGUGGGGACAGCCUUGUUAGGUCAUCAAGCCCUGGACUUGAUUCUCCAGGCACCACAAGGCCUUGUGUGGUGGUGCUCCUUACUGCACCGAUCAAUCAGUCCUUACCGUCUGGAAGCCAUCUUGCCUGAGUAGUGACAAUGUCGUCCGUGAAGGUGGCGGUGAGGGUGCGGCCCUUCAACAACCGCGAGAUCUCCCGCGAGUGCAAGUGCAUCAUCGAAAUGGGAGGCAACACCACAAGUAUAACCAAUCCAAAAGCACCACCAGGGAGUAAGGACGCCUCCAAGAACUUCAACUUUGACUAUUCCUACUGGUCACACGAUGUAAAUGACCGAAACUUUGCUUCACAAGCAGAUGUUUUUAGAGACAUAGGUGAAGAAAUGCUACAACAUGCUUUUGAGGGUUACAAUGUGUGCAUUUUUGCCUAUGGGCAGACAGGUGCAGGGAAGUCAUACACAAUGAUGGGUAAACAAGAGGAGGGCCAGGAAGGAAUUAUUCCUCUUGUCUGUAAAGAUAUGUUUCAAAGAAUUGCAGGUGGUAAAGAUGAAGAACUCCAGUAUUCUGUUGAGGUAAGCUACAUGGAAAUCUACUGUGAACGUGUUAGAGAUUUACUGAAUCCUAAGAAACAGAACAACCUCCGUGUCCGUGAGCAUCCUCUCCUUGGUCCAUAUGUAGAAGACCUUGCAAAAUUGGCAGUCACAACCUAUGAAGAUAUUCACAAUUUAAUAGAUGAAGGAAACAAAGCCAGGACAGUUGCAGCUACCAACAUGAAUGAAACGUCUUCUCGUUCUCAUGCAGUUUUUACAAUUGUAUUAACUCAGCGUCGAAAUGAUAGUACCACUAAACUUUCAACCGAAAGAGUUUCAAAGAUAUCUUUGGUGGAUUUAGCUGGUUCUGAACGAGCAGAUUCAACAGGCGCAAAGGGUACCCGGCUGAAAGAAGGUGCCAAUAUCAACAAAUCCCUGACUACACUUGGCAAAGUCAUCUCUGGGCUUGCUGAAGUUGCAAAUAAGGCUUCUAAACCAAACAAGAAGAGAAAAACGGAAUUCAUCCCAUAUCGUGACUCCGUGCUAACAUGGCUGCUUAGGGAAAAUCUAGGUGGAAACAGCAAAACGGCUAUGGUAGCAGCCAUCUCCCCUGCUGAUAUUAACUAUGAUGAGACACUUUCAACACUUAGGUAUGCAGAUCGUGCCAAACAAAUUCGCUGCAAUGCAGUAGUUAAUGAGGAUGCUAAUGCCAAAUUGAUUCGUGAGUUGAAGGAGGAGAUCCAGCGUUUGCGUGAACUAUUGAAGCAGGAGGGCAUUGAAGUCCAGGAGGCAGGCCUGGAUGGCAAGGUCAUCUGCCACAAUGACAACCGUCCUGCUGAUCUGGGGCCAUGUCAAGAAAUCAAAGUGAUGAACAGCAAUAAUGACAAGGAGACGCCUCAGAUUACCUCGCCCGUAUCUUCCGUUGCAGAAGUGGCCGUUGAUCAACUACAUGCCAAUGAGAAGCUUAUUGCGGAACUGAAUGAAACUUGGGAAGAGAAAUUGAAACGCACAGAGAGUAUACGUUUGCAGCGAGAAGCAGUGUUUGCCGAGAUGGGCGUGGCAUUAAAGGAAGAUGGAAACACUGUUGGUAUUUUUUCCCCUAAGAAGACGCCUCAUCUCGUGAACCUUAACGAAGAUCCGUCAAUGUCCGAGUGUCUUCUGUACUACAUUAAAGAUGGCUUUACCAAAGUUGGUUCUGCAGACUCUAACAUUCCUCAGGAUAUUCAGCUCUGUGGUUCUCAUAUUAUGGCAGAACACUGUCAGUUUGAGAAUCACGAAGGAGUUGUAUCGAUUCAUCCUAAACCAAAAGCAUUGUGCUAUGUUAAUGGUCGUGAAGUGGUGGAGCCUUCUGUUUUAAAAACAGGCUCUCGUGUCAUUCUUGGCAAGAAUCACGUUUUCAGAUUUAAUCACCCAGAACAAGCCCGUGAACGCCGAGAAACAAAAUCGCCUACCGAAACUCCAGGUUCUGGAGAGCCAGCAGAUUGGCAGUUUGCUCAGAUUGAGCUUUUAGAAAAGCAAGGCAUUGAUUUAAAGGAAGAAAUGCAGAAACGACUGGUAGCUCUAGAAGAACAGUACCAACGAGAGAAAGAAGAGGCGCAGAAAGAAUUUGAAAGGGAGAGAAAGAACUACGAGGCCAGGAUCGAUGCGCUUCAGAAACAAGUGGAAGAGCAGAGUAUGACAAUGUCCAUGUAUUCAUCUUACACUCCUGAUGACUUCACACAUGAAGAUGACAUCUUUGUAAACCCCUUGUUUGACGCAGAGUGCAACUGGACGGAACGGGAGUAUGCCUUGGCUUCCUGGUCAUUCCGCAAGUGGAAGUACCAUCAGUUCACUUCGCUUCGAGAUGAUCUGUGGGGCAAUGCCAUCUUCCUUAAAGAAGCCAAUGCUAUUUCUGUUGAGCUGAAAAAGAAGGUUCAAUUCCAGUUCACGCUCUUGACAGACACACUGUAUUCGCCCCUACCUCCUGAUUUUUUACCUAUGAUGGAGGAUGAGGAUGAGGAAGAUGAGGAUGACCGUCCUAUUCCUCGUACUAUUGUAGCAGUUGAAGUUCAAGACACAAAGAAUGGUGCCACUCAUUACUGGACAUUAGAAAAAUUAAGACAUCGUUUGGAGUUGAUGCGUCAAAUCUACAACUCUGACGUGAGCCCAUACUCUCCGUUGCCUUCCCCACCAACGGAGCCCCAAGGAGACGAGGAGGUGCAAACCUGCAUACCAGCGUGUAACCAGGCCAGACUCUCCCUGUCCCAGCUGCUGCCUUCCAGGCUCCAGAACUCCCGCAUACAGCGGUUGGAGUUAAUGAGAGAAAUGUACCACAACGAAGCUGAGCUGUCGCCCACUUCCCCGGAUUACAACAUUGAGAGCCUCACUGGGGGAGAUCCAUUCUAUGAUCGCUUUCCAUGGUUCAGGCUUGUUGGCAGAGGGUUUCUGUACCUAAGUAAUCUACUGUAUCCUGUACCAUUGGUACAUCGUGUUGCCAUUGUCAAUGAACGAGGUGAUGUCAAAGGCUACCUAAAAGUUGCUGUACAAGCUGUUGUUGCCACAGAAGAAGAUGCAGUUGAAAUUGCACAGCCUGCUGGAGUGCGACAGUCAGCAAGAAUAUCUUUCAAUGAAGGAACGUUUAAAAGGCCACGGACAAAACGAGGAUCACUCUCUGCUCAGGUGUUAGAGAAAAACACAGCUGCAGCUGCUGAGGAAGAACGCAUAGUUGAGGGACAAGUCAGCUCGGGAGAUAUUAUAAAGCUAGAAGAUGAGGUGUGUGAAGUAGAUAGUGGUAGAGGAGACAGUAGUAUUAGUUCGUGUGAGAGUGGGAGAGAUGAUGACCUUCCACCUCACCUUCAUAUUGGACAAGAAUUUACUUUCCGCGUAACUGUACUUCAAGCCUUCGAUGUCUCUACAGAAUAUGCCGAUAUAUUUUGUCAGUUUAACUUUCUCCAUCGUCAUGAUGAAGCCUUCUCCACUGAACCAAUAAAAAAUACUGGAAAGGGACCACCACUUGGUUUCUAUCAUGUACAAAAUAUUACAGUAACAGUAACUCGAGCAUUCCUAGAAUAUAUCAAAACACAACCCAUCGUAUUUGAAGUAUUUGGCCAUUAUCAACAACACCCUCUACACCGUGAUGCCCGUCAAGAUGCCACCCAUUUCUUACCCCCUGGCAUGGUACCUCCCGGCAGCUCUCGAGCUCCACCGAAGAGGAUGCAGCCUCCCGCCAUCCCCAUCAGUCAACCAAUACGGUCACCAAAAUUUGGUGUCGUACAGAGUCCUUCUACCUCACAUGUACAUGCUCGGCAUGAUCUCCUCGUCUGGUUCGAGAUCUGCGAACUAGCACCGAGUGGAGAAUAUGUCCCAGCAGUGGUUGAACAUGGGGAUGAUCUGCCAUGCCGAGGGCUCUUCCUCUUACAUCAGGGUAUCCAACGUCGCAUUCGCAUUACCAUUGUACAUGAACCUUCCCAUGAUCUGAUAUGGCGUGACGUAAGAGAACUUGUUGUUGGUCGCAUUCGUACAACUCCGGAAAGCGAGGAUGACAAUAAUGAUGCCUCAGUGUUGUCUUUGGGCCUGUUCCCGGGAGAGUAUUUAGAAUACCCUGGUGAAGACCGCACCCUCUUCCGUUUUGAAGCUGCUUGGGAUUCCUCUCUGCACAACUCCAUUAUGCUGAACCGUGUAACACCGCCAGGAGAACAUGUAUAUAUGACCAUAUCUGCCUAUUUAGAGCUUGAAAACAAUGCACAGCCAGCCAUAAUUACCAAAGACCUGUGCAUGGUUGUUUAUGGUCGUGACUCUCGAACAAUCCCACGUUCCCUUCGUCACAUCUUCAGUGGCUCUUACAAGAAUGCCGAGGCCAACAGGAUAUGCGGCGUUUAUGAGACGGUGCUAAAGCGCGCAGCUGAAGCAGGUAGCCCAGGCUUACAAAGGAGACAGAGAAGGGUGCUGGACACAAGCUCGACUUAUGUUCGUGGCGAGGAGAAUCUUCAUGGCUGGAGGCCACGAGGAGAUUCUCUUAUAUUUGAACAUCAGUGGGAGUUGGAAAAGAUCACACGCUUAACUCAAGUGGAACGAACCAGACACUUCCUUCUCCUGCGGGAAAAGCUCGGUCUUGGAAGCACACCUCAACCCCUCAAUCACCACCAUGAUUUCACCAAAAGUGAAAAGGAAGUGGCUAAUCAAGCUGCCAAGGCUGGAUGUGAUGCUCGUGCAGUGUUAACACGCUACUCCUCUAGAGACAUGCCUAUUACAGAUUCUGAAAACAUGAGUGAUGCAGAAAGGGCUACUGCUCUCAAAUUUGCGAGGCUCAUGCAAGGACGGUCUAUACAGCUUCAUACAAAACAAGAAACGCUUGCACAGACACCAAAUGAUGAUCAAGAUGCUCUCACAGCAUCAGUCACCUCCUCAUGCUCUUCCACCACCUCAGCUGAGUUAGCCUCUCCAGAGCGACCUCGUGCGCCUGUACCAGAGCUUCAUAUUGCUCUUGGUGGAUCAGCUGUUGUGCCACCAGAAUCUCCCCUUGCAAGCCCUGGAGAUUCACAGGGCUCAUCACCAUUGGUAGAAUGCAGACCCAUGCCACUUUUCGUCCCUGAGGUUGAAGAAAUACGCAUAUCACCUGUAGUUAGUCGGAAAGGCUAUCUCAAUGUUUUGGACGAUCGAACAAACACCUGGAUAAAAAGAUGGGUGGUUGUUCGACGACCGUAUGUAUUUAUCUUCCGAGAUGAGCGUGACCCUGUUGAACGAGGACUCAUUAACUUGGCAACAGCCCAGAUUGAAUACUCCGAGGACCAGCAGGCUAUGGUGCGGGUACCUAAUUCCUUCAGCGUGGUUACAAAACAGCGCGGCUUCCUGCUGCAGACCUUAGGGGAUAAGGAAGUGCAUGAUUGGUUAUAUGCUAUCAACCCACUUUUAGCAGGACAGAUCAGAUCAAAAUUAGGUCGACGAAGUCGUCACACAUCUGGCGGCAACCACCCCAACACACUCUCUGUUCCAAGUAAAUGAGAUAAGGAGAAUGCUGGGAUGUAUGAGAACCUCACACACCAACUGUACCAACAGCACAUAACAUCUGCCACAGCUUGAGUUGUCGGCCACCUCUCGUAUCUUCGUGUUAAUUAUUCUGCAAACAGGUACUGAAGAAAAUUGGAUAAUAAAUCUGAAUGUAAUUACUUUGUAUCAAAUAGCAAAAUAUUUACUUAAAUAGCUGUUUAGCAGGACUUCACUACCUGGGGUAAGGUUCUUCUGUUUUUCAUAACAAAUAUUCCCUCUGGAAAUACUUCCAAAUGUUAUCAAAUCUUGUGAUCAACAAAACUGUGACUCUUUUGCCACACCUUCAAGCUGGACCAUACUUUUUGAAAGCCUUCCCUUAAAGCAUGUAGUAGGAGUCAGUGAACUUGUAAUAAUUACAUAAAAUGCCUGAGAAAGAUAGGAUGCCUCAUACUUUUUAUCUGGUGAAAUAAUUAGUUUGAGAUGUUGCAGUGACGGCUGCAUGGCUAUCUGUUCUCUAGUCCUUAAGAUGACAAUACUGUUGACAAUUUGAGCUGUAGGGUACACUGCAACUACCCAUUUACUAUUGCAGUGUCUGCUGUGUUCCUUCCAAACAUUCAGAAAAGGGGCAAACCUUCAUUUCAGUAAUCAAUUGUUUGUCUCAUGUGCUUGCCUGUUGCUCUCUACUGUACACAGGCUCUACCAGCAUCACUCUUAAUUGUGAUUAUUAAUGAUUAUAGUAGACUCAUUAGCAAUGCAAGAUAAAUCAUCUUCAUUUGUGGUGUGAGAAGCCUUAUUUUUAGUUAUGUAUAUAUUGUUUGAUACCAAAAAUAUUUGAGAGAAAUAAGAUGCAGUUUACUGACAGGUCUAUGGGGAAACAGUGAUCCUUUUGCUCAUUAUUGACAAUUUCUGAUGGGGGCUGAAUCUCUGUACUCAUGGCUUUAAAGAGACAGACAUGCUAUUUAUUUAAAAGAUUUUUUCUUCUAAAAAUUUUAUGAUAUACCCUUCCAAACUGGAGUUUUGGUAUGUCAUAGACAGUUUCCUUUUAGGAGCUGGUGUAUGCCUUAUCCAUCUAAUGCUAGAGUUGCUCUGUCAUACACAGUCUCCCCAUGUAGAAAUAUCUGUAAAUUUUAAUACAUUUUCCUUUCACCUGUCAUGCACUAUACUGUACAGAUUUUGUUGGUGUAGUGUAUAAAUCUAUAGUAAAACUAAUGUGUCUUGAAUUUAUCUUCCUCUGCUGAGUUUAUGUAACUUUAAAAAGGCAUUACUGUUUGAUGCAGACAUGUUGGGAAGUUGGAGGAGAUGAUCUGCUGGUGGGCCAGACACAGAGGAGGCCCAUAAAAAUAUCAUUAUUUUGAUUUCCUGUUGUGAGAUACUAGGAAGUUAUUGUGUAAGAGAUACAUUCCCAAGCAUAGACUUAAUCAAUUUGUGAUAUAUAAUAUAAUUAUAUGUAUGUAUAAUUUUUCAAGUAAUGAUUUUUAUUCCAGACUAGGAGUGAUUUAGGGCAGCACUAGUAUUCAGAUAAAUACUUUAAUUUUAUGUAGAAAUUGAGGUGUAAUAUAAAUCUAAAUUUGUAAAGACAACUUGGAUAUAGUAUGAUGCUGCCUGUAGAGAAUAUGCCAGUAUAAUGAUUCCAUUGGAAUUAUCAAUGUCAUCAUUAUUUAUUAAAAAUUGUACAGUACCAAAAGAACUUUGAUGUUUGAGGAGCAUUAUGGUAUGAUUGAAAGUACAUUAAACACUUAGGAUAUAUAAUGUACAUGUAUAGCUUAUAUUCUUCUCAGCUAGGUAGUGUGAUUAAGAGUGGUGAGGCCUUCCAACAGCACUCUACUCCCAGCAUCUUGCUGGUGCACAAAUGGCCCAGUUUCCUGUGUUGGUAACAAUACAAAAGAUAUCCUAGGUUCACAUUAAUGUUAGUACCACAGAAAGAUGUUUCUGUAACAAAAAUAAAGUCAUUAGGAAUUUCUUGAUCAGUCGGAAUUGCUUUGCAAUAGCUACGACUCAUGGCUAAGCCCAUUGCUGUUGUGGAGUAGAUCUUAUUGUCUUUAAAUUUCCUCUAUUCUCUCAUUUUAUUCUUGAUCUUUCAACAGAUACCAUUUCUUCCAUUGUUCCAUUGUUAUCUUAACAUAAUCUGAGACUACAGAAAACUAUUAGGUUUGUCUGCAAUAGUGUUGAACCUCUGUGAUGUCUCCCAGACCUGAACACUUACCUUGCCAAGCAGGGUAAAGCAUAGCAAUUCAAAGUCUAUAUCAGUGAAAUCAGCAGUUAUAAGUAUUAGAUGGAUUUUCAGUAAGGCACAUUUACUGGACAAAACACCGAAAGUAAGACUUGCAAGACCAUUUAAAUACUCAGAAUUGCUGGUCAUGUCACAGCCUCAUUUAUUAUUAUUUUUUUACUUCCCCCCCUUUUAGAAACUUGUCGUCAGAGGUAUUUUACCAUCUAAAUAUAGUCAAAUGUUUAUUUGUCGAGACACCUGACUCAGUGAUUGGAAGAAUGAAACCAAAGAUGUUAGUUUAUAAGUAUAAGCGUAUCUUUAUCUAGUCACAUGCAUCACCAUUACUCACCAUAGUAUAGUUUAAGUUUCUCAUAAAGUAUAUUGUUUGUUUACCCAUUUGUUCCUUGAAGAGUUUAAAGCUUUAUAUUUGUGAAUCAUAAAAGUUAGAAGUGGUUGUCCGGCAACUGAGAGUUGCCAUAUAUUAUGGAUAUACAUCAGGGCAGUCUUCAACUACAUCAAUUUACAGAGAUUUUGUAGAAAAAUAUAAUUUAAAUAUUAAUAUUAGUAAUAUUGUGUUGUAAUAGAGUAUAUCUCAAACAAUUAUUUAUGAAAUUCACUGUAAAGCUUGAUGUUUACAAUGAUAUGGCCAAAUGUAAUAA